CUCAUUUCCGACCAACCUCGAAGGUCGGAAACUAUGGGAACCAUAGAUUAAAAAAAAACAUACUUUGGCGUCAUAGGCCAAGUUUGGCCUGUUGCCAUGUAUCCAGAUAUAGAUGAAGAAGAAUGUCAGCUAUGUGGGUUGAUGUAUCAUGUAAUUUGGUUGGAAGUCAUGCGCUUGAACAUACUUUGUUUCGAAUACACUACAUCAACAGUACUUCAUAGCAAGGCGCGAUCUGCGGCUGCGUCGUCCCUGACAGCAUUUUGAUCGUCUCGUGGAAUACUUAAAUUCUUUGAUCGGUAUCUGGGUCUGCCAGAAUCUCUCCAAUACUGCUCACUUACAUCAUUCGACGGACAAACAUUGAGAGGGAGUUCCAAACAACAAAAUGGGUUUCAUCAGUCGCAACAUUACUGUGUGGAUAUUGUCUGCAGUCAUUUACCAACUGUGCUCCGCCCAUCCCAUAAGCGAAGAAGGUCCACCAUUCAGUGAAUCCGAGAUAGCCAGCCUGUUUACGAUUGGUACCAGGGUGGUACGUGGACCAGAUUGGAGCUAUCCAAAUCAGGACGGUAAUCCGCCUGGUGAGGGUAGCAUCGUCACAGAAUUCAGGAGCGGCAAAGUUUACGUGUUAUGGGACAAUGGGCACAGAAAUAUUUAUCGAAUGGGAGCACAAGGGAAGUACGACCUGAAACUUGUUGAGGAUGCACCUAUUCGUUUGGUUGACGGGGAUGACGAACUCAGCGGUCAGGUGGAAAUCAAUCACGAUGGGACCUGGGGGACAGUCUGUGACGUCAACUGGGACAUCCAGGAUGCCAUGGUCGUCUGUCGUCAGCUCGGCAACUUCUUAGAAGCAGUGGAGGCCAAGACGGGAUCGUUCUACGGAGAGAGCGAGCGACCGAUCGUGAUGAACCGUGUGGCGUGUCGAGGGACGGAGAGUCGGUUGGCUGACUGCCCGUUUGUCUGUACCAGCUCUCGUCCCUGUAAUACCUCACAAGUGGCCGGGGUGGUUUGCCAACCAAAACUCAAUAAGGUUCGGUUGGUUGGCGAUGGUUCGAACGCCGCCAGCGGACGAGUAGAGAUUUACCGUGAUGCGACCUGGGGGACAGUUUGCGACAAUGACUGGGACACGGAUGACGUCCAGGUCGUCUGUCGUCAGCUGGGAUUCUCCGGGGCUGUGGAAGCCAAGUCCGGGGCUCACUUCGGCCAGGGGGAGGGGCCAAUCCACAUGAAGGGAGUGACCUGUGAUGGGUCUGAGAGUCUACUGGCUGACUGCCCGACUCAUUGCUGGCAGAAACCGGCAUGUAGCCACGCCCAAGAUGCUGGCGCCAUCUGUCGUCAGGAUGAGGAUGAAUAAGCCACGGAGAGUUACUUAUUUAGAAACAUGCAGUUAUUAUGCUUUAGUUUGACGCUAUUAAUCUGUAUAGCAGCAUGUAUUCUCAUGCAGGUAGUGCAUGUAUAACCGAACUAUGAACACUUCAUGACAGAGGUGUUGAAAAGAUGCACGUAUUUAGCUUAUUGACUAUAUUUGAGGAUAGCUGGCAAGUAUGUACAUAGGCCUACACAGUGGCGCACCCAAGGUGGGGGCUCGGGGG